UUAUCUGUUAAACGUGAUGUCUAGGCUCGUUUACAGUUCCUGCACUUAGUACCGGUCAGCUCUGCCCGUGACGGCUGGCCAUCCACCUUCCGGAACAGCGCUUCCAGGUGGAAAACAAAGGCAGCCGUGGGGUCCCAGUCACGUGUGUCCAAGUGAGCAUGGCUGGGACCUGCAGGCAGCCUCAGCUACACGGAAGCAUGACGGGUUCGCAACCUUUGCCCUCCAGCACAGAGCCAGCCGGGAUGGCGUUGCAGACGGAGGGAGGAGGCGCACGCUCAGACCUGGAGCCGACCCCGGCGCUGACCCCAGAGGAGAAGAGGGUCCUGCAGAGGAAGCUGAAGAAGGAGCGGAGGAAGGAGGAGCGGAAGCGGCUGCGGGAGGCGACCGUGGCCCCCGCCCAGCCCCCGCGGGCCCAGCGCUCCGGCGCCCAGCUGGCCCUGGACUACCUCCUCGGCUGGGCCCAGAAGCACGCGGACUGGAGGUUCCAGAAGACCCGGCAGACCUGGCUCCUGCUGCACAUGUACGACAGCGACAAGGUCCCCGAGGAGCACUUCGCCGCCCUGCUGGCCUACCUGGAGGGGCUGCGGGGCCGUGCGCGGGAGCUGACCGUGCAGAAGGCCGAAGCCCUGAUGCGGGAGCUGGACGAGGAGGGUGCCCACGGCCCCGACCGCACCCUGCAGGCGAAGGCCCAGCGCGUCCGGCAGGUGCUGCAGCUGCUCUGCUAGGCGCCGUGGCCGCGAGGCCCCGGGUGGGCCGCCGGCCGCAUGCUGCCGGCAGACAGCUGGGUCCCUAGCAGGCCUGCGGCUUCUGAGUGCCGGCUCCUCCUCCUGGCUCCAGAAGGACCCCGGAAAGGACCGCCGGCUGCCGCCCCUCGUCGCCAGAGCCGCUGACAGGCAACGACAGGCCCUGGCCCCUCAGGGCGGGUACGACGCAGGCCUGCUCCCAGCCCCUACCCUGGGUGCUCCUUGCUGAGGGAAAUGCCUAUUUUUCUACUAGGGGAUCGUAGGGAUCAGCCAGGGCCUGCUUCCCACCAGCUGUGGUCCCAGUUGGGCUGUGGGGGGCACCCCAGGUCUGCGGCUCGCCCCUCGGUCUGGAGGCCCCUCCCGUGCAGGCCAUGUGUCUCCUGGCCGCCGGCCUGACCGCGCCAAGCCUGCCGGGCUGUGGCUGUCCAGCGCUCGCCCGUCAGGCCAAGCUGUGGCCUCACUGCCUGGCUGCGGGGGGAACUGGCUGUAUUUUCAAUAAACGUGGCCCGUGCCGCCUGGGCUCUUGUCCUGUGUGGUCUGUCCUCACUUACAGGUUGGGAAGAGGCCUUCCUGGAGGAGAGUGCACAGGCCACGGGGCCUCCCGGAUGACCCUCCGCCGCGGGUGACA